CUCGAGACUUCGUUGAGCAGUACACACUGCGACUAUCUUUUCUGGCCGCACUGCCACCAAAAACGGUAGCGGCUGGAUGGUCAUUUGCCACGGGUAGUAUGUGUACCAUAACAUUCGCCGCUCAGACGACUCCUAGAAAUAUGUGUCAGCAUCGCUGAAGACAGGAGGCUGUGCAUUGCCAUAUUCACCGCCUUUUUUGGGGGAAUAGGAGAGUAGGCCCGUGCUUUCCCCCACUUUUGGCCCCUGAGUUCUUCUCCUCACCUUCUGGCAUUGACUUCCCCCCCGCCACCACAUAUGACUACAUAGGAAACAGCAGAACGGCCCGCAUCCUCGCUCCUGCGGCUGGAGUUGCAGGAGAGUAUGGAGUUCCGAACCGGGCUAAAUGAAGUCCAUAUACCCAAAGAUUGUACACCGGCGGCCACUCUCAUAUUUGUUCAUGGACUCUUUGGGCAUCCACAGAAAACAUGGACUAAGGGACGGCCGCCAUCUGCGGUCUUUUGGCCAAAGGAUCUACUUCCAAGGCUGAUCUCAAAUAUUUCAAUCUAUAGCUGGGGUUAUGAUGCCGAUAUUGAGAAAUUCAUGUCCUCGGCUGGGCAGAACAGCUUACACUGGCACGGCUUGAACCUCCUGAAUGAUCUUGCCGAUCUACGAGACAGCGUGGAAGGCCUGGGGCCUUUCAUCUUUGUAGCGCAUAGCCUCGGAGGACUAGUCGUAAAAGACGCACUCAACAAAUCCGCGGAGGCUGUUACAAAGCGAUCCAAGGAUAUUCUACCGGCAACCUGUGGCAUCUGCUUUCUAGGGACACCCCAUAGAGGCUCCAAAAGCGCAUCGAUGGGUCGAUGGGCCUUUCGUCUCACAGAAAUCUUGGGUGGUCAGCGUGCCAAUACAAAAUUGAUUCGCGCGCUAGAAAGGAAUUCAGAGUCCCUGGAACGUAUUUCGGACAGCUUCUAUAAAACUCUGAAGAAGAGAAAAGACCUUCGAAUAUGCUCCUUCGUCGAAGAGAAGGAAGUACGAAAGUUGGGACUGAUAGGCAUGCUUAUCGUUCCUCCUGAUUCGGCUACUAUUGGGUAUGUCGAAGAAGAGACUCGUACCAUUGCAGAGAACCACAGCGAGAUGGCCAAAUUUGCCUCAGAAUCCGAGCCAGGUUUUAAGAGGGUAACUGGACUUCUCAAGCGAUGGGUUAGAGAGAUUGAGCUAUCUUCUGUUGUCGACGCUUCUGAAGAUUAUCAAGACUGCCUCUCCAGCCUGGAUAACCAAGCGGCUAGGAUGAGAAUCGAGCAGGUAAAGGUUAGACAUGACCAUACAUUCGAAUGGCUGUAUGAACCUGAGACUGUACAAUUUCGACAUUGGCUGCAGACAGACAGCCGUGAAACCCCUAUUUUUUGGAUAUCGGGCAAGCCAGGUUCUGGGAAAUCCACAUUAAUGCGCUUCGCGAUGCAGGAUCCACGCACGCGCAGUUAUCUUCAACAAAAUUCGGACCCUUUCAUUCAAUGGACAUGCAUUGCGUUCUUUUUCCACGACCGCGGCUCCGACAUUCAGAAGAGCCUGCGUGGGAUGCUCCAAGAAUUAGUUUUUCAGUUAUUGCGCACUUACCCACACCUUUUCCAGAGCAUUCAAGCAGAGUACAGAGGCCUUGUGAAGGAGCAAAGAGUCCGCACCCCUAGCUGGGAUGAGUCUCUUCUGGAGAUCUGCUUUCGAAAAUUCUUCAAUCCUGCUGAUUCCGUAUCGACAUCUAUGCCGCUUCAAACGUGCUUGUUCAUAGACGCUCUAGACGAACAUGUUGGAGACAAUGAGCGCCUCCUAUCCCUUCUCGCAGAUGUCACCAGAAGCCCUAGUAACGGUGUGAAAUCGAGUCACAAAGUUCGCAUCAAAGUCUGUUUGGCAAGCCGACCUUGGCCUCUAUUCAAGAAUCGCCUGGUAGAGUGUCCCCAGUUUGCCAUUCAUGAUCACACCCAAGCAGAUAUUGAAAAUUACACCAAGGAGUUGCUGCAGACUGCCGGAAAAAUUCCCGGAAAUGUUUUAUUUGCAGAAGAUCUUCCAAACUCAUCCAUGGAUACUGGGACGGAUGGUCAUGUCCAGUCACUUGUCAAAAGCAUUAUCGAAAAGGCUUUGGGCGUUUUUAUCUGGGUUCGCAUCGUCGUUGAUGAGAUUAGCGCAGGCAUUGCUAACGGAACCCCGUUUUUUGCCCUCGAGGAGAUUAUUCACAGCAUGCCCCAGGAGCUUGGCGAAUUGUACGCACGCACCUUGCAGAAAAUUGAGCCAAAGUAUGUCUUAGAAGCGCACAUUAUGCUAAGAGUUGCCUUAUGUGCUUUGUCGCCUAUACCUAUCAGGGUUUUCAGAGCCAUCGCCGUCUCUGCCAUUUAUGAAAGACACGAAGAGAAUAUGCCAUUGAAAAGCCUUUCAGCUUGGCUCACUAGCCGAACAGGAGGUCUACUUGAAUGCGUAUCCUCUGUGGCAGAGCAGGUACCGCAAGAUACGUCAUCUCCCAAAGCCCCGACCUCACGCUCUAAGCCUGGGGAGACAAUUGUCCAGUUCAUUCAUCAAACAGUCCGUGACCACCUUUUAACGGAAUUCACUGGGUUGAACUACGCCGAAGGCCGGAGACACGCGAUAGAAGCAGUGCUUGAUUCAAAGGUUGAUCGAGUGGACCAACUUUUAGCCAUGACGGGAAACGCCCACAUUCUGUUGUUCUGUCAGAAGAUUAAAUCACUUUUUCCCGAAGUUCUGGCAAUACGGGACGACUUUAUGCGAUACGCCGCUCUGGUUGAUACUGAAAUCGACAAGGGCAAGUCCGAACGCGGCUAUCUUCCUGCGCACCUAUGGUGGAGCCAAGAAAAUGCCCAGUUUUGGUUGACAGAGACAUUUCCAUAUAAAGAGGAAAUAAGACAAGAAAAUUCUUUUGCGACUGCCCUGUAUGUGGCAGUUAUUGGAAAUCUGCACAACAGGCUCGAGGGCUUCUCCUCGGGUGAAAUGGAGAAUUUAAAAAAAGAUGCGAAAGCGGUUCCCCACAAGCUCCUACCAAUAGCAGCACUUGGCGCUCGCCUGUCCAAUGAAAGGGAUGAUCGACCACGCAUGGUGAAGAAUGUUCUCGAGCUGGGAUGUGACCCCAAUGAGUUGUGGACACUCUCUUCUCUUAGUCUCGACAAAUUCUGGCCAGAGGUGAGAGUGCGCCGUGGGGGAGCUUCCCAGUCGCGUAACACCGUUGAAAAUUUGAUCCAAGUCCUGUACCACCCGGCUAUUGAUGAUGGCAAACUUCUAUCGAUCCUGAGUCUUCUUCUGGAGCACAAAGCGGCCAUACCUCCUGGUGCCUUAAUUUCCUGUGCAUUAGAGCGUCCCAUCACCUGGGUCGAACUUCUGCUUAGCCACGGUGCACGGUGGCCAAUCUCUUUACGAGAUCACGAGAGAAUGUUACAUCAGGCACAGCGCAGUAUUCGUGGAAAACUAUGUUCAGAAUGGUACCAAACCUUUUGGGCCAGAAUGGAUGCGCAGGGAAUUGAAUUUACUUCCAAAAAUGCAGCUCUCGAUGAUCGCCUACCAGUCGAUAUUCCCAUUCAAAGGUAUGAUAGUGAUGAGUUCAUAUCACGCCUUGCUGUGUGCGUUACUGGUAGUGUCAGCUUUCCUUAUAUUUCAACGUUGAUGUUUGGCGAUAACGUUCCAAAUUUGAUGUUUGGCGCGCUCGAUUGAUCGAGCAACCAAAGAAAUGUGCCGAACGAUCUUAUCAGCGCAUGGAUUGGAAUGGGUAUCUCCCACUAGCAAGCGAUUGGUACGCAGGGACCUACAUUGUUUGUGUUUUCUUUGGUACGGAGUAUAUUGGCUAUUUUUACAAUCUUGGUGUUACAACCACCGAGUAUCAGCACAUUCCGGGGGUAACCCUAGUCCCGGGAACAUGAAAUGCCCACCUAGUACCUACAUAUUCGAACACCAUCACUCCCAAUCCACUUAUUGAAUAUUGACUGAGAGCAGCAAGAGCAAUGCAUAUCUGAUUUCUUGUUUAGACUCCCCCCCAGCUUUGCCGCGACUGAUUGCGAAAGCUCUGGUUAAUAUCAUCAGAUUGAUUGCUUAAUUAGAAUCU